AUGGCAAUGAGUCAUGUUUAUCGCGGAACAAUAGUAUUCACAGACCGAAUCGUAGUAACCGAUGUUAAGGCUGCGGGGCAGAAGAAAAAAGGACAGAAAGCUGAGGUGGGAAGGAGGCAGGAGAAAUUGCUGAGAGAGCAGGCAGAACACAGAGAGAAACAACAGCAGGAGCGAAAUCGUCACACUACCUUCGGAGAGUUUACUCAACACUGUCACAAUCUUCUUUCAAAAUCCUUGAAAGUUGGAAAUCCAGCUCAGUCUACCACUGGCAAGAUUCCACCUCCUACUGGCAAGUACUGCCCACUACGACUGGAACACUGGGCAGAUUGUGCUAUCAGGCAACGAGAAAUUUACGACUCGGUAUGUCAUUACUUAAGACCAUUAGGCGAAGAUGCACCACGCCUAUUCGCACCGGUAAUUGAGCUGGAAGGGCUGGGACACCGUUUCGCACAUCGGCCUUUGAGCAGCGAAAAGGACCUUGAGAGCUACGAGCGUUUUGCCGUUGAAGAUCACAUCCAUGAUAUUAUCGCUGCACUUUGUCAGAUCCCAGGAGCUCGAGAGGAGUUUCAGCUCGGAAAUGGGGUUUGGUUCGAUAACCACGCCAAUGCCCUCGAUGAAAAUCCGCCAGAUGAGGUACACCCCAAUGAACAACCCGCGCGCCCGAUCAAUUUUUACAAACCGCCGCAUAAACUUUCUAAUGAGAAUCUUCGGGCUGGGCUUCGACCGCUGGAUUUCUACCAAGAGAUUGUCGAACCAGAAACCGUUCCUACAGAUGGGCCCGACAAGCUAAAGUAUAAUGCUGCUCGUCUUGCAGGCUCGGCGAUCGUCCAGGAAUACCAUGUGAUGAUUCAGGAAGGCCUGGAGUACUCUUAUUUGACCACUGGGCUUGGGAUUGUGCUCCUGCGGGUUCCCGACGACUGCUCGACUCUGUACUACUACUUGUGCGAGCCAAAUCUCGACGUCGACAAUGGUGUUGAAGGUCCUCGGACAGCCAUCGAGAGGGUGCUUUGUCUCUGCCUCAUGAGCUUCCGUUCGGCCUGUCGAGACCAAGCCUGGCGGAACGCUGCGCGGGCGCAGCUACCAAUCUGGGAGACCAGUUUCAGCCAUGCACGAUCCCAAAUUCCACCACGGGAGUUGCGGCAGAAGCCUCCAGGAUCCGACUACAUCAGCCCGGAAUGUACCAGUUCGCAUAUGACCUCGUCUGAGUACCAGCCAUCGUCCCCAUUCGAAUCGCCUCUCGCCCAGGGACGCCGCCCACCCACCCGUUCCACUCGCUGUGCACCUGCCAAUACCGCUCAUCAGGAAAAUCCUUCAGAUUCCGACGAUGAUCCAGCUACUUCUGCAAAAGGAAAGCGGCGUUUUAGUCAAAUCGCGUCCUCGCCACCCGCACCGCUUUUUACGCCGACCACCCCAAAAGAUCCCUCCCAUCGCCAUGCUGGUCAAUCUCGUGCACACAAUCAUGAGUUCUGUACGCAAAAAUGUCUGUUAGGUUUACAGCGCGGCGAUAUCUUGGACCCAAAAUGUCCCAAUGUGGACCUUCAUCGGGUUGGACAAAAGAUCAACCGUCAUUUAAUCCGGGCCGCCGAAUUAGUAUACUUGGUCAAGCGACAAUUGGACGAGAAUAUGGACGUAUACUGUACUCCGUUUGGGCAAUGUGGAUCAUAUGGCGCACCGUUCAAAGUGACCUCUGCGACAUACGGCUACACGAUGGUGGGAAAGGGCACUACUUCGCGACUAUGGCACGAGGUAUCACAGGAAGCAGAAAUUUAUCGCAUCCUACAAAGUAUUCAAGGCUCUGCGGUGCCGAUAUAUUUCCGCCACGGCGCGGGUGAGAUUCGCCAUAUGCUACUGAUGGCCACCAUGGAGCAUGCAAUCUCGCUGUCGAAGCAGGAAGUUUCCUCCUUAGGUGUGGUGCAUGAUGACCUUCGCCCUGAGAAUAUUCUGUGGAGUGAUGAACUGCAACGAGCCUUGAUCAUUGAUUUUCAUCGUUGUCACUUGAAACAUCGGCCGCUACGAAGACACCUCACCCCAAGCAGAGCGGGACACGUGAAGAGGAUGUAUUAUGGCACUGGCGAGCUUAGAACCAAGCGGAUGCGUGUCAACUGA